AGAAAACAGCUAACCGAAAGCAAGAGAAGGCAACUGUGCGGCACAGUGACCGUUAGCCAGCGCCAAAUAUUCGAUGAACUGGUUUGGUUCCUCUCUCCCUUAAAAACCCACCCCAUACUCCUUUCUUCCUUUUAAAACCCAACCCAACCCAACCCCUUCUUCAAACUCUUCCUUCCUCUCUUGCUCUUGCUCUUCAGGCUUCACUUCUAACCAGCUGGUUUCACCCUUUCAACCGUUGGAUCCUUACAACAAAAACGUACUCAUAAAAAAAAUGGUGGUGGAAAGUGGUUUCUCUUCCCCUCGAAAUGAUGCGUUUCCUGCCGGCCUCCGGGUUCUCGUUGUCGAUGACGAUCCUACCUGGUUGAAGAUCCUUGAAAAGAUGCUCAAAAAGUGUUCUUAUGAAGUGACUACAUGUUGUCUUGCACGAGAAGCUCUGAACUUGCUUCGUGAAAGGAAGGAUGGUUAUGACAUUGUAAUCAGUGAUGUUAACAUGCCUGACAUGAACGGGUUUAAACUUCUAGAACAUGUUGGACUGGAAAUGGACUUACCUGUCAUUAUGAUGUCUGUUGAUGGAGAAACAAGCAGAGUGAUGAAAGGUGUCCAACAUGGCGCUUGUGAUUACCUUCUUAAGCCUAUAAGAAUGAAAGAGCUUCGCAAUAUAUGGCAGCAUGUGUUCAGAAAGAAGAUACAUGAGGUGAGAGACAUUGAAAGUCUGGAAGGCAUUGAAAGUAUUCAGAUUACAAGAACUGGCUCUGAUCUGUUUGAUGAUGGGCACUUGGUUGGUGGAGAAGAUACGACAUCAGUAAGGAAAAGAAAAGAUGCUGAAAACAAGCAUGAUGAUAAAGACCUCAGUGAUCCUUCUUCUACAAAGAAAGCUAGGGUUGUUUGGACAGUAGACCUCCACCAAAAAUUUGUCAAAGCUGUAAAUCAGAUUGGAUUUGAUAAAGUUGGUCCUAAGAAAAUACUUGACUUGAUGAAUGUACCAUGGUUGACAAGAGAAAAUGUUGCCAGCCACUUGCAGAAGUACCGCCUCUAUUUGAGUAGGUUGCAGAAGGAAAGUGAUUCAAAAAAUUCGUUUAUUGGUAUGAAGCAUUCAGACCCACCUUCAAAAGAUUCUGCUGCCAGUUUUGGUCUCCAUAACUCGAUGAACGUGAUACAGGAUGAUGUGUCCAACGACACCUCUUGUUUUUCUGUUAAUAACUUACUUGCCCAGAAUGUGGAUCUCAAAGGUCAUGAAGGUAAUCGAAAAGGAACUACUUCGGUGCCUGUGUCAGAGCACAAAGGAGCUUUGCCUGUAGAUAUUCCUGAUCCCCAUGCAGCCAAGAGUUUGGAGAUAAGCUUUGAUCAUUCCCUUGGAUCAGUUGAUUCAGGUAUAAACUUUGCAUCAUUCAAUUCUACCAACGCAGCACAGAACUCCUGGAGUGAAAUUCCUGAGAUUCAGUUCAAACAAGAGUGUGAAUCAUUGCUAGAAAAUGGCUUCAACCAACUACCACUGCCUGGUUCACAGCAUCACAUGCGGACAGAAUAUCUACAACCUGCCGCAUCUAUUAGCUCUGGACCUUCCAUAACAGAAAAAGUGGCUAGUAGUAGCAGAAUUGGAGUUAAACCUUUGUAUGAUGGUUAUAGAAGAAAUCAUGUGAAACAUUUAAGUCCAACAGAAGCAGUUGAGUUGUUUCCUGUUCAAAGCAAAAACCAAACGCUAAAUAAUCAAGUUUUUGAGCCUAUUUCUGUUACUACAUCAAGCAUGAAAUGUCAGGACGUCAGUCUGAACUGCCUCACUGACUUGGAAUUUGGACAGAGAAACCUGAAUGGGGGAGUAGGAAUACCUUUAGCAUCUUUGACUGGAGACUUACAAGUCUGUUGGCUUCAAGGUGAUUGUUAUGCUAUGAAUUUUGGUCCCCAAGAUUUCGAGUGUACUGAGUAUAACGAUCCUGCCGAAAUUCCAUUCCACUUGUAUGAUGCGCCAAGGUUUGACCACGAGCAUCUCUCUGACUCUACAGAAUAUUCUGCAAUAGAUCAGGGGUUAUUUGCAUAGCAUAAAGUUGUUCUUACAACACAUCUUCGAUGAAGAAAGGAUCCUUUGCUGUUUAGGUAAUAUCUAGAAGUGGAGUACUUCUUUUUAUGGAUAGGGAUGUCAUUUUCCCAUUCAGUUUGGACUUGGUUGUUGAAACAUGUAUAAUACCAGUGGUGAUAUAAACGUUAUAAUAAUUUUGCUGCUAUAAGUUUCUAACCUGGGACAUGCAUCUGUUAGAGCUGUAUUAAUAUGUAUUUAUGAAAGUGACAUGUGAACUUGGGUGCAAGAAUGGAUCUAAUCUCUUCUCUCUUAUUUUUGUCUUGGAUGCAAGAAUGGAUCUGAUCUAUUCUCUCAUUUUUGUCUUUCAAAAUUUAAUCCUUCGUGUUUUUUUUUUGGGAAAGUUGGGGAAGCCGUUGCUCAUCAUUGGCUUUAUUUUUGUGCUGCAGAUUCUUGAGUCUCCAAGACUCUUAACUGAUUUUGGGAUGCAUUAAAGACCUUAGGGUUAGACUACAUAAAAAGCCACAAAACUUAUCUUAUCUACAGACAAGCAGUUAUGGUUGCUUAACAAGAUUGUACCUAGGAUUGAUGUUGAAUUUGGCACUAGAAAAAAAUUACAAAUUCUUCCCUGGUGUAAAUUCUAUCCUCCACCAGCAACUGAUCCUUCAUGUUCUGGCUUGUUGAAAUACUCCCUUUGCCAACUGAAUGCUGGAUAUUUGGAGAAGCAUUUCAUACCUGUUCUUAGGCAAUGAAGUUACCGAACAAGUUAUCCUGUUAUUUUUUACUAAUAAAUGCUUAGAGCUUUCAGUAUUGUUGGACGGUAUCCUUGGAGGUCUAGAGUUUGCAUCCUGCACUGUGUUAGGAGACUUCCUUUCAAAUUUUGCUGAGUCAGGUCAAGCUGAAGGGAUCUGCAAGGCAUAAUUUACCGUUAAAUCUACGACUUAAAAGGUGUAUGCAUCUAAAACAAACAUAGAUUCUCGAUUACACUCACUCGGGAAGAUCAGGAAAGAGUUAAGUCUGCCUCUUCACCAACUCACCAUCAAGAGAAACAUAGGAGCACAAAGUUAAUUUAACUGACAAAAAUAAAACAAACUUUAAGUCUAUUUCAUGGCAUAGAGCCCAAAAUUUUUAACUCAUGGCUAAGCCGUUCAAGAUAGUGUUGAAAGCAAGCAGCAGAAUUGAUGCAUCAUUAAUUCCAUUAUAUUAUAGUCAGCAUCAAAAGAAAGCUGGUUAAGAUGGACAUAAGAACCUUCUUAACCUGAUUGGGUGAAGACUGUGAGCCAUGGUAUAAAUCUUCAUUUGGUCUGGCUUUAAAGCCAGUGCUCUGCCUGAGUUUGUUAAGGUCAUUCUUUGCUUUCUCCUACAUAUAAUGGCAUAUGUUGUACUUUAAUUGGUUUCACAUGCAAUGAAACAGAUGAGAUUAGAGGAAACUGUAUACUAUAUUCAUGCACAAUUACAUAAUCUUGCAUGGUACAAACGCACAGUAUUCAUAAUGUGCAUGUGCACACCCCCAAAGACGGAGUAUUCAUAUGGUAUAACAUAAUACUCUAGACCAAAUCAGACAACUCAACCAAAUUGAUUCUUGAAUUAGGUCAAAGCUAUGUGAUUUAGGAGCUUGGCCUCAGCAACUGCAGGGUUUCAUCAGUUACAAUAGUGCCAACCUCCCAAAUCCAUAUACCAACAUCCUAAUAAGGUUGUCUGACUUGUACCUUCGACCAUGUCAGCAUUUGUGAUUUUUCUGCCUCCUUUGAGUAUAUUUUAUCUUCUAGCUUCUUAAAGAACUGGCAUGAGCCGAGCAAGGAAACACUAAGUCUUGGUACAAUUUGGAAUGAUGACAAUUAAAGCAUGAGGAAAAGUAACAGUAAGACUUGCCUCUUUCCAUUUUGCUGCCCUUUCGUCACUCCUAAAACUAAAUGGAGAGGAACUAAUAUGAGAUCGUGUACUGCUUCCACAUGCAAUUGAAGACUUUGAGCAGCUGCCAGCAUUCAAUAGAGAAUAGUAUGAGGUUCAGAUAAGGAAGGGGGGCUUCAGUAAUUAGGUAAAUAGUACCAGAGACCCGAUAUGGAAAGUUAAAAGCAUAAUUAACCGGG